AUGGUUCCACUUGACGACGUCGUUGAAGGCAAAGAGAACUUCCUCUGGCGACUGAACUGUGUGUCUUUCCGUUGGUCGUUACUCCCCCAAAUCCCAAUCGCACUUCGACGGCGGAGAUCAGAUCUGCUCUGUAUCUCUCUCAGACCGAGACAAGAGAGAGUGAAGCGACUCUCCCACACCGCAGUGUCGGCGAGCUGCGCAUAG